UUCAGACACUGCAGAAGAGCAAAAUUCAUGAAAACUUGAGUGAAACCACUCUGGUAUCACAACUUCAUAAUGACCUUACUAACAAGCUGGAUAUCAGCACCAACAGCAUUUCUUCUCUUACAUUUUUGGAGAGCAAAGGUACAUGCUUCUGGAAACCCAGAGGAGGAAAUAGAUUACACAUAUGUUAUUGUAGGAGCUACUCUGGGAGCAGUUCUAGCAAUCGGUUUUGUAGCAGUAAUAAUUUGCAUGAUCAAAGCCAAAAUGAUUGACAGUGUCUUUGAAGAAUCAGAAGGCAAAAUGGAUAGAAGGUCAAACAUGGGACCAAGCCAAAACAGAGAUGACAGCAAUGCAAUAAGAAACCAAAGUACAAGAGAUCAAUAACCCUUUUGCAAUCAACAGUUACCUGGCCUGAGGAUCAAUAGGAGUCUCUUGUGCACAGGCAGAAAUCCUUCCCAUACCAAUCCUUUUCUUUGUUCUUUAGUUGAAAGGCUGAUUGAUUGUUUACAGGAAGAGCUCAUAGUGCAGCUAACUUCAAUCACCUACACUCAAAAGGCCUGCAAUCCCCCUCAGCCUGUCUGUGAAGGAGAUGUGUGAGGAAAAUAAAAUAGAUGAGCUCUGCUCACUAAUAGAUCCUCUUUAUUCUGUGAUAAGUAUAUGAUUGAUUUCUAAAGUCUGUUAAAUACCAGGUAAUCAGAAAGGUGGCAAUAUAAUUCAGCAGCAGAAUUCAUGGUCACACCCAUAUUUCAAGAGAAGUAACUUGAUAACUUGAAAAAUCAUUCAUUCGAGGUUAGAACAAAAUCAGACUUCUCAUUUAUUUCAGGAAAUACAUGUUUUGUGUUAGUAAGAAAACAUUUCAUUAAUUUAAAGUUUUAAUUUUUAGAUCUAGAACUGAGGUCUUUUGUAGGUAUUAGUGAUGAUUUCAACCAUUUAAAAUUAAUUGCAGCCAUUUAAAAUUAAAAAUUCCUUUUUGAAAUAAUGUUUUUCAUGUUUUGUUGACACUUCAUGUCAACACUGUACAAACAAGCUAAUCUGUUAUUUCCAUAAUUUCCCUAUCCCUAUUUUUUUAGUAUAAAACAAUGCACUAAAUUCAGUCAGUGAAUAAUUUCAGUUUCCCAGCACCUUCAUUCUUGUUCUAGCCUUAUAUGUUCUGGUGGACUUGAUUACAUCAAAAUUGUUUUGCCUGGCUCCAAUUUCAAGCUUCUUACAGUGGGAGUGAUAAGAGGAAAAAUUAGAGGUUUGUUUCAGAACAAUGAGAGUAGGUUAAAUAAUUUAAAAUAAUUUAAGCCCAAGUUAUUCUGUAAACAUUUCCCAACUUUUACUAAUGCUUUGAGUUGGUGGCUCUGGUCUCAGUUCAGAAAAUAAUGCUGCAGAUUCUAUUCUGUUUAAUCCUCAUCUUUCAAGAAUGCUGUGUAUAACAUAUAUUGUCAUCACAAGGUACAAGGAAACAGGGAGAUUUUUGUAUUUCAACCCAGGUUUUCUUUCACCUUGUGAAGACAGGGCAGCCAAUGUCAGCUGUGGGAGCUUUGGGAACUCUUGGCCAGCAUCCUCUGCUAUUCCUACAGCUUCUCUCAGAAACCCAGCAGAACUUCAAGGCUUGGGGGCCUCAGGUAGAUGGCAUUCCCAACUAAAUUAAGCAGUAUCCCAAUAUUUCACAGGCAGAGCUUUAUGUUGUAGCAUUACAGGAUGACUCCAAACAGGAGGUUACACUAUUUUAUUGCAACUUGCCAUUAUCCAGAACCAAAGACCACAACCUGUAAAUAGAAAGGAUCUUCACAACCUUUUAGCUCAAACCAAUGUCUAUAGGCAUAUGGGUUUUUUAAAUCUCUCACCUCAAAUAUAUUCUUAAGGGUCACUUUUGUACCUGAUUCUGCUCUCAGUGUGGCAGAUCAUAAUAAAAAUAAUAAAUAAAGUUCUUUCUAGCUCUCCACUAAUAUAAGAGAUUUAAUCCAACUUAAAAAACCAACCAACCAACCAACCAACCAACCAACCAACCAAUCAACCAACCAACCAAUCAACCAACCAACCAACCAACCAACCAACCAACCAACCAACCAACCAACCAACCAACCAACCAACCAACCAACCAACCAACCAAAAAAAGUAAUUGUAAGACUGAAGUCCAACCUAGAAAUUCUGUGUGUUAUUAAGAAAUAUCACUCAGAAAAAUCAUGGAGACCAGGGCCUCCUAUCCAGUAACCAACUUUCAGAUCAGGCAGAGCUGAUGUGCUGAGUCAGGGAAUUAGAGGAAACAUGCUGUUAGAGCAUAAGGGCAGCUAUAACAGAAUUUUGUUUUUAUAAAGAAUAAGUUACUGUACUACUUGUAAUUAACUGAAGGGAUUUCAAUAUGGGCAUUUUUUGACUUUCACAAAGCAGGUCAUUUGUCACAUUUGCAAAGGAAACUGGACAGUAAUUCUUCCACGUGUUUUGAACAACAAAAUGUAAAAUUUAUUUUGAGAGAAGGAUGAUAUAUUGGAAUAUUUUCCCUGGUUUCCUAGGUGUCUGUUACCCAUUUCAGUAACACUGCAGUUCAUUAGCAGCAUUUGCCAACAGAUAAACUAAAGCAGUAAUGUGAUACUUGUAAGUAAUUUUGUGUACAUGUGUAAGUGAAUAAAGGCUCUUGUAAGGUA